AUGCUCGCCUCGUCGUCCAUUAGCCAGUUCGCGAAGGUCGUAGGGCCGAUCGUUUUGAUUGUUUGGUCGGUCUGGUACUUGGGGAUUUCCCGCCAGCAAGUCGAAGAGGCGACUCGGAGGUUCCGCAGUCAAAGAAAGCUAUUUAUCGCCGACUUUCUCGAACACGAAAUCGACGGCAAAUUCGACGGCAACGCUAUCAACAAUCUCUGCACGAGCAAGAAAUGGACACCUGGCUUGGUCAUGAGCUGCGAUACCGUGCAUGCAGGCAUUGGCGUCGUUCGUAAUGCCUACCUACACUGCAUUCGAUUCGCCAUUGAGGCAGGGGCUGAGUUGGUUUUGCCCGACAUCAUACCUCGCUCCGAAGAGAAUAUCCAGGAUAUUGUAUCACAGCGUGGUAAGCCACUCGACUACCUCUUCGAUACUGAGCACCUCCACCACAUCCUAUCGGCCCACUGUCCUCAACUCAAAUUGUACAACUCGUUCAACGAUCUCUAUAAUGUUCCAAGCGUCGCCAACGCCAUUGAAUUCGCAAUAUCGGAUACGAAUGGCGAAUUUGUCAACGGGACGGUCCUCGAGAAUCCGAAGGGUUGGAGCAAGCAGUUCCGGGCAUUUCUAGACCAGAAGUCGCCUCCUGAAACAAGAGAGUACCCUCUGCGCGUUCAUCUCAGACAUACGCGCUGGACAUGGCCGACAGCGAAUGAUACCGCGGCGGUGGCCUCGUCAUUCGGGCGGAUUCUGCGCAUACGCCAGGAUGCCCGACGGCUUGCUGCAUCGGCACUCUUCACGCUCGCUCUUCGGUUCAGACUAAACCUCGAUCCGCGAACACGGUAUCACCCUGAGAGCUUUGUUGGAAUUCACUUACGGACGGAGGAGGACGUGAAUGAGAGGUUCCCGGACUACGUCACACAGGCUGCCGAUUACUUCCAUUUCCUGUCGGACUCGAGGUCACAUGUGGCCUUCCUUGCGUCUGGAGCAACACCGAAGAACAUCACGGCUUUUGCGGAACGUGCCGAGGACUUCAACGUCACCGUCGUGACCAAAAGGGAUAUUCUAGACAAGAAGGAGCUGGAAAUUCUGGACGCAUUCACCUGGGACCAACGCAGUCUGGUCGACUAUGAGAUAAUGCUGAGGGCCGGGCUGGUAGCAGGCGUGGGCGCGAGCAGCUUUGGGUGGAAUCUUGCACUGCGGCGUUCGUACGCGUUCGGGUCGGGCCCAGAGGCAGUGCCACAUCCUCCAGGAGACACGAUUGCGUGGAAAGACGACUUCACGACUCUCUACGGAAAGCAUGAGGCGUACGAAGACGCGAUGAGGGCGACAAUAUGGCCAUGA